GUUAGUUGUAUUUUUGGAAAGAAGAAGGAAACCCUAACCCAAACUGGAGCGACGCAGUGGAAGAUCUAGCUAUAGUCGGAAACACAAGCGGUUUAAUCUCUCUUCUCGACACGGUCAUCUCAAAACUCAGAGCUGCCCAUCGCAAGCCGUUGAUCUCCGUCCCCUUUUGUAAUGGAUGGUGCGAAAAAAGGCAAGGUUUCAGGGUCAGAUACGGCUGCUUUAUCCGGCAAUGAUUCAAUUCCUGAUGGGUCUUCUACGAAUAAACAUCUGGAGGAAUCAGAUGAUGAUUGGGAAGCUUUAGCAGAUUGUGCAGCUACUGAAUUAAUCUCCUCUCCAGAGUUACCCACCGUAUCCAAUCUCUCACUGGAAGAAGAAGCUACUGUUCAAGUCCCCAAGCGUCGCGGAAGAGGAACAUUCUCAUAUAAACAAGACAAACUCUACAGUGAUCGCCAAUCUGACGUGUCUUUAUCCGAUGAGACAGAGGAGGAGGAAGAAUCAAGAACGAGUACACAACAAAACCCGGAGUCAAUCUAUUCUAAAUACGGCACGCGCCAUGUUCUUGUUCUGGCUGAUUUUCCGCCCAGUAUGAGAACAAUAGAUCUUGAGAAGUUUUUCCAGGGCUUCACAGAUUAUGGAGUUGUCAUUAGGUGGGUUAAUGAUACAAUGGCGCUUGCUGUGUUCGGGACGCCGUCUGUUGCACUUGAGGCUCGGAAGGGGGUUCGGUUCCCAUUUACGGUUCGAAUUCUUGAUGAGGAUGAUGUCGUUUUGGGUUUGAUUCCGGUUAAAGAUUUGGAACCUCCUCGUCGAAGGCCACCAACAUCGACGAGAACUGCCCAGAGGCUGAUUGCACAAGGAAUGGGAUUGAAGUUGGCAUCUACAGGAUUUGGUUCUAGUGAGCUGAAGACUCAGGAAGAAGCCAGGAAGAAUCGUAUAGCUACGAGGCAAAAAAUGAUUGAGGAUGCUUGGGGUGAUGAUGAGAGCUAAGAUUUCAGGUUUUCUACUUGGAAAUCUUUUAAUCUUCCAAUUAUUGCAUUUUACUUAUUAAUGCGGUACACAUUUAGUUGGAGUUGAACUGUUGAAGUCUUUUAAGUUGUUUUUAGAGCACAUCCCAUUUGUGAUUUUAUAUUACAUGAUUUGAGAAAAAAAUAAUAAUAUUCAUUAUGAAUCGAGGUAUGAGGGUUCGGAUAGGCAAUGGCUUGGAUACUAAUGUUUGGAGUGCCCUGUGGAUUAUGGAUGGGGGACUCAGGUGGAGAGCCCUGUUGGUGAAGAUUUGGCUGAUUCAAAAGUUUGGCAACUCUUUCAACCUGAUGUUAGGAGAUAGGAUAUGGGUGUUAUAACUUUUUCUUGAUUUGUUUAGUGAGACAGCUUGAACUUGCAUUGUAAGCAUUCCUCUGAGUUUUCUGGAUACCAGAGAUGCUUGGUGUUGGAAGUUUGAUGCAAAGGGGUUGUUCUCGGUGAAGUCGUGUUAUAGGGCCUUGAGAAGAGAAGUUACUGGCGUAGAUUCUGACCUGUGGAAAAAGGUUUGGCAGCUAGAUGUCCCGUUGAACAUGAAGAAUUUUAUUUGGAGAAGUUGCUCCGGUUUCAUUCCUAUGGCGGAUGCUUUGGCUUGAACCAAGGUUUUUAUUAAUAACUCUUGUCUAGUGUGUAAUAAGAAUCUAAAAUCAGUUUGUCACCUUCUGUCCACCUGUGAUUUUGCUCUUGAUUGCUGGGAGACAGCAGACCUGGGUUCUUUUGUGAUGCUUGAAUGUUAUCCUAAAGUGUGGUGCUAUAAGUGGCUUGGGGAUUUAGGAAGAGAAGGAUGAGCUUUAGCCGCUGCUUUAUGUUGGCAUCUCUGGAAGAAUUAAAACAAUACUGUAUGGGAGAAUGAUGGCAAUAGUGCAGCAGCGGAGGUUAAUGAGGCUGGGUACAGUCUUCAUGCUUGGCAGUGUGCGAAUUCCAGAGCUGGUGUUUCUUGCGGCCAGCAGGUUAAUGAUGGCGAUGGUGCCAUUACGUGGACUGGUUAAUGACGGUGAUGGUGCCAACACGUGGACUGCUCCUGGUCAUGGCUGGGUUAGAUUAAUGCAGAUGCAGCGACUUUCCAGGAGACCAGCAGCAUAGGAGCAGGGUGUGUUGUUCGCCGUUCGGGAUGAGUUUGGUUUGCCGGGUGUGUUCACUCAUCGUACUGCAGAAAUUAUAGCAAAUAGAGAGGCUUUGAGUUGGCUCCAUGCAGGUUGGUCGAAGCUGAUUAUCGAGUCGGAUGCCCUUGCAGUUAUCAACUAUCUCAGGAAUUCGAAGUCGGAAAGCGGAUAGUUGAUUUUGGACGAUUGCUUAAUAUUGGCAAAACAGCUUGCUAUAAAAUUUUCUUUUGUAAGAUGAUAUGCAAAUAUGGCAGCAUAUUUUUUAGCGCAAGAUGCCCGCUCUCUGAUAGGUUACCGGGUUUGGUUUAACGACUAUUUUGAUUUGUAAAAUGUAACUGUUUCGGAUUUUAGUUAAUAUAUAUUCAAUA